AUGCUGCAGAACGUGAACCCCAACGGCAAGCUGCUGGGCGAGGGCAAUGCCGGCCUGCUGGAGUCGGCGGCGCCGGGCAAGCGGAUCCGCAAGCCGUCGCUGCUCUACGAGGGCUUCGAGAGCCCCACCAUGGCGUCGGUGCCGGCGGCCCUGCAGCUCUCCUCGGCCGCCAACCCGCCCCCGCCCGAGGUCGCCAACCCCAAGAAGCCCGGCCGGGUGACCAACCAGCUCCAGUACCUGCACAAAGUGGUGAUGAAGGCCCUCUGGAAGCACCAGUUCGCCUGGCCCUUCCGCCAGCCGGUGGACGCCGUCAAGCUGGGGCUCCCGGACUACCACAAAAUCAUCAAGCAGCCGAUGGACAUGGGCACCAUCAAGCGGCGCCUGGAGAACGGCUACUACUGGGGUUCGGGCGAGUGCAUGCAGGAUUUCAACACCAUGUUCACCAACUGUUACAUCUACAACAAGCCCACAGACGACAUUGUGCUGAUGGCCCAGACGCUGGAGAAGAUCUUCCUGCAGAAAGUGGCCCAGAUGCCCCAGGAUGAGCAGGAGAUCGUCCUCACAGUGGCCAAAAACAGCCACAAGAAGGGAGCCUCUCGGGCAGCAGCCAUCCUGGCAGCAGCCAACGCGGCUGCCCAGCAAGUUCCGGCCAUCUCCUCGGUCUCCCACACGGGGCUCUUCUCCAGUGGCACCACGGACAUCCCCACCACCAUCAUCAGCAUCCCCCACCCCUCCGUCAUCUCCGCCCCUCUCCUCAAGCCCCUGCACUCCACCGCCUCCCAGCCGCUGCUGGCCGUGCCCGCGCCCACCCAGCCGGUGACCAAGAAAAAGGGCGUCAAGCGGAAAGCGGACACCACAACCCCCACGCCCACAGCCAUCAUCGCCACCAGCGGCGGGGAGUCCUCCCCUUCCGCCCCCUCCGUGCUGGAGUCCAAGGCGGCCAAGAUCCCCGCCCGGCGGGAGAGCGGGCGCCCCAUCAAGCCCCCCCGGAAGGACCUGCCGGACUCGCAGCAGCACCAGACCUCCAAGCGGGGGAAGCUGUCGGAGCAGCUCAAGUACUGCAACGGCAUCCUGAAGGAGCUCGUCUCCAAGAGGCACGCGGCCUACGCCUGGCCCUUCUACAAGCCCGUGGACGCCUCCGCCCUGGGCCUCCACGACUACCACGACAUCAUCAAGCACCCCAUGGACCUCAGCAGCAUUAAGCGCAAGAUGGAGAACCGGGAGUACCGCGAUGCGCAGCAAUUCGCUUCCGACGUGCGGCUGAUGUUCUCCAACUGCUACAAGUACAACCCUCCCGACCACGACGUGGUGGCCAUGGCGCGCAAGCUGCAGGACGUCUUCGAGUUCAGCUACGCCAAAAUGCCGGACGAGCCCCUCCACAUCGGGCCCCCCUCGACGUCACUCCCGCAACCGGGGCUCCUGAUGAAGUCCUCCACGGACGAUGAUUCCUCCAGCGAGGAAGAGGAGGAGGAGGAGGAAGAAGAAGAGGAGGAGGAGGAUGACGAAGAGGAGGGGGACGAAGACGAGAGCAGCAGUGAGAGCUCCUCGGACAGCGAGGAGGAGAGUUCGGACUCGGAGGAGGAGCGGGCCAAUCGGCUGGCUGAGCUGCAGGAACAGCUGCGGGCCGUGCACGAGCAGCUGGCCGCCCUCUCGCAGGGGCCCGUCUCCAAGCCCAAGAGGAAGCGCGACAAGAAGGAGAGGAAGAAGAGGAGGAAGCUGGACAAGCGCAAGGCCAGAGCGGGGGAGGAGGACGGCCGCGCUCACCACCUGGCCCAGCCCAAGAAGCCCAAGAAGGCCGGCGGGGGAGGCGGCGGUGGCGGCAGCAAGUGACCGGGUUCCUCGGGGCGAGGGCCAUCCGGGGGCUCCAAGGGGGCAGCGCCCCCUCCACCCCCUCCUCCCCCGCCCCCCCUGCUCUUCGACUCGGAGGAGGAGGAGGAGAGUAAGCCCAUGAGCUACGACGAGAAGCGCCAGCUCAGCUUGGACAUCAACAAGCUGCCGGGGGAGAAGCUGGGCCGGGUGGUGCACAUCAUCCAGUCGCGGGAGCCCUCGCUGAGGGACUCGAACCCAGAGGAGAUCGAGAUCGACUUUGAGACGCUCAAGGCCUCCACCCUGCGGGAGCUGGAGCACUACGUCCUCUCCUGCCUGCGCAAGAAGCCCCGGAAGCCCUACAACCUGAAGAAGCCAGUGGGCAAGACGAAGGAGGAGCUGACCCUGGAGAAGAAGCGGGAGCUGGAGAGGCGCCUGCAGGACGUCAGCGGGCAGCUGAAUUCAGCCAAGAAGCCGCCUAAGAAAGCCAAUGAGAAGCCGGAGUCUGCCCAGCAGGUGCCCGUCUCCCGCCUGAGCGCCAGCAGCUCCAGCUCCGACUCCAGCAGCUCCAGCUCCUCUUCCUCCUCCUCGGACACAAGCGACUCGGACUCCAGCUAG